AUGCGACCAAAGAAGCUAUCCCCUAAGUUCGUCGGACCUUAUCAAAUUUUGAGAAAGAUCGGGCCAAUGGCGUACGAGUUGGCCUUACCACCUCAACUGUCAAACCUUCACCCAGUCUUCCACGUUUCCCAACUCCGGAAGUACGUAGCCGACCCCUCUCACAUACUGGAGUUGGAAGACGUUCGUCUUCGCCAAGUCCGAACGCUGGAGAUGCAGCCGGUACGCAUUGAAGACAGUGACAUCAAAUACUACAAAAGAAAAGUUGUCAGAAUGGUAAAAAUAGUGUGGAACGAAAAGACUGGCGACGCUACUUGGGAAGUGGAGAAUGCUAUGAAGGACUUGUACCCCCACUUAUUUCCGGGUAAGUCUUAA